CAUGUAUUCUAACUAAAAAAUGUCAUCCAUCGAUAAACUAAGUAUUAUGGGAAUACGAUCCUUCGACAUUAAUGUCAGAGAAACUAUCCAAUUUUAUAGUCCCUUAACAUUAAUUGUUGGUCACAAUGGAUCAGGAAAAACAACAAUUAUAGAAUGUUUAAAAUAUUCAACUACAGGUGAUUUACCACCUAAUUCUAAAGGGGGAGCUUUUAUUCAUGACCCUAAUAUAUGUGGUGAAAAAGAAGUUCUUGCACAAGUUAAACUUUCUUUUAAAAAUACAAAUGGCGCAAAAAUGAUAUGUACUAGAUCCUUACAGCUUUUAGUAAAAAAGACAACGCGUUCGCAAAAAACUCUUGAUGGACAAUUAACAAUAUUUAAAAAUGGUGAAAGAUUAGCACUUAGCAACAAAUGUGCAGAACUUGAUACACAAAUUCCCAUAUCGUUAGGAGUUAGCAAAGCAGUCCUCGAUUAUGUGAUAUUUUGUCACCAAGAAGAUAGUAAUUGGCCUCUUAGUGAACCAGCUGUUUUAAAAAAAAGAUUUGAUGAAAUUUUUGAAGCUCUUCGUUAUACAAAAGCUUUAGACCAAAUAAAAAAUCUUAGAAAAGAACAAACAACAGCAAUCAAAAUCGAUGAAGUAACAUUAGAACAUUAUAGAUCAGACAAAGAAAAAGCAGAAAAAAUAAAAAAAUCAUUAGAUGAAAUCGUAGAGAAAAUUACAAUAACUCAAGCUGAAGCGAAUGCUCUUGAUAAACAAAUCCAAUUAAAUCUUGCUGAACAAGAAGAGUUACACCGUUCAGGAAAAAAAAUUGAACACAUAAUUUCCGAAAUAGAAAGAUUAAAACAUGAAAAGCUUCUUUUAUUAAAUACAUUAAAUGAUUUAGGAAAUAACAUUACUCAUUAUGAAGAAACUAGCCAGGAAUUGGAAAAUAUGCUCGAAAAUUUUGAAAAGAAAAAAGAAAAUACAUUAACAGUUAUUAAUUUUAAAAAAAAAAAGCAUGAAAAUUUAAAAAAACAAUUAAAUUUUUCUAGAAAUGAAUUGGAAAUUUCUAUAUCAGAAGAAGGGAAAUUGUUAGCGAAAGUAGAAACAUUUCAGAAAUUAAUUUUGAAACGACAAAAUUUAAUUAAAGAAAUUAUUUCGAAUCAUAAAUUUAUAAAUUAUGACAUAGAUUUAACUGAUCAAGAAAUGGAAUCAUUCUUAAAAGAUAUAUUAUCAAAACAUAAUGAGCAGACAAUUUUUUUAGAUAAUUUAAAGAAAGAAAAUAGAGAAAAGGAAGGAAAACUCAAUGAAAAACUUCAAGAACUUGUUUUCAAAGAAAAUAUUCUUGAGCAAAAAAAAACAAUGGCACGUCAAAAUAUAAGACUUUCGGAAAAAAAAAUCGAAACUAUUCAAAAUAACUUAGACACAUUAUCAAUAGAUGAAUCGGAAAUAAAUAUAUUAGAAAGCACAAUAACAGAUAUAAAUGAAAAAAUAAAAAACUGUAAUAUAGAGUUUCAAAAUAGUGCAUGGAAUGAAGAAAUAAGACAAAAAAAAAAAGAUCUAAGAUCUCUUGAAGAAGGCAUUAAUCUAUUAAACGAAGAAUUAGCUAAAGGAGCUAGUAAAAUCGAAGCUCAAGCAAAAUACCAAAUUAUAAAAGAAGAAUUAAAUAACAAGAAGAAUUCUCUUGAUAUAUUGUUCAAAACCAAUAAAAAAGAAAUCGAAAAUUUAAUAGGAAAUACUAUAAGUUUUAGUACAAAAGAACAAUUUAUAAAGGACGAGUAUAACAAGAAAAAAGAUGAACUUAAAGAGCUAGAAAAAAAAUAUGAAAUUACUAAACAAAACUUAUUAGAAGCAAAAAAUAAAAUAAAUAUAGCCAAAGAGAACCUUCAAAACAAAAUAAACCAGAAAAACUUAUAUCAAAUACAAAUUCAGGAAGUAUGCGAUCCGGUUAAUUUUUUGCAAACAUAUGAAUUCAAAGAACUUGAAUUAAACAAUAUUUCAAAGUAUUUAUCAAAUUUAAAGCAUAUAAACGACUAUUUUUUGGAAUCAAAAGCAAAAGUAUAUGAACAAAACUUUUGUAUAUUAUGUAUGAGAUCUUUUAAUGAUCAUGAAGUUUCUGAAUUCGAAAAAACUAUAGGAAAACAUAUAGAGAAUAUACGGAAUAAAGAAGUCCAAUUUUCAGAAUCAUUAAAAAAAGUAGAAGAAGAGAUGAAAAAUUUAAAAAAUACAAAAACUAUAUUUGAUGCUUUUCAGCAAUUAAACGAUUUCGAAAUUCCUAGUCAAGAAACUAAAGUGGUUGAUCUUGAAAAUAACAUUAAAGAGUUAACGGAUUACCUAGAAGAGAUUUUUCAAAUACUCAAAACAGGAAAAAAAUCGCUUGAAGAGCUUCGAUUUUUGAAAGAACUAGAUAUUGAAAUAACUCAUUAUCAAAAAGAAAUAAAUAAUUUAACAUUAUCUCUUAAAAGCGCUGAAGAAAAUUUACAAGAAUUAGGAAGUUCCAGAACAUUUCAAGAACUACAAUUUGAGCUUGAAAACUUUAAAUCUAAUAAAAAAAAAGUAGAUGAAGAACUGCUUCUUCUACACUCAAAAAAAGAAGCAUGUAAACUUCAAAUAUCAGAAAAUAAUAUCCUUUAUAAAGAUGCACAAAUAAAACUGAAUGAAGCACAGUAUAAAUUACGGGAAAAAAACGACCUCAUUAAUAAGAAAAACGAAAUAAUGGAAGAUAUUUCUAAAUUUGAUAAAGAAAUUGAUGAAGCAGACAUAAAUUUAAAAACACUUGCCCCUCAAAUAUCUCAACUUCAUAAAUCCUUAAAAGAAAUAAGAGAAGAAGCAAUGAAGAAAGAGGACCAAGCUCAAAAAUAUUCAAAUGAAUUACAGCAAAAUUAUAACCAGCUUAUUGAUAUCAAUUUGGAAAUCAAAACACAUAAGGAUAGCGAGAAAGAUCUAGAUUUAUGCAGAGAAAAAAUAUCUGAUAUGCAAAAAUUAAAUAUAGAAUUGGAUGAAAAGAUUUCUAAUAUUACUCAAGAAAUUAAUGAUUUUGAAAAAGCAAUUUUAGAUAUAAGAACUACAGAAAAAAAUAUUGCAGAUAAUUUGAGAUGUAGAAAAAUAGAAAAUGAAAUUACAAAAAUUAUAAAGAAUAUUUCGGAUUUAGAAAAAAAGAACGCAGAAAUAGAUAAAGAACAAUAUUUAUUAAAUUCUUCUAAACUAAAAGAUAAGCAUGAACAAUUAUUAACAGAACGAGCAAGCUUAUUAGGUGAGAUUAAGGAGAUGAGCAACCAACUUCAAAAUUAUGAAAAAGAAUUGGAAGAAGAAUAUAAAGAUAUACACGAACAAUAUAGAAAACAGCUAAUAAAAACACGCACAAUGGCUAAAAUUAAUGAUGACUUACAAAAAUAUGGGAAAGCAUUAGAUAAUGCAAUAAUGAAAUAUCAUAGCCUAAAAAUGGAAGAAAUAAAUAGAAUAAUCGAUGAAUUAUGGAAAAAAACAUAUUGUGGAACAGAUGUUGAUACUAUUCUUAUAAGAUCAGAUAGUGAAAGCCCAAAAGAGAAUAGAUCAUAUAAUUAUAGAGUAUGUAUGAUAAAAGGUGAUGCAGAACUUGAUAUGAGAGGGAGAUGUAGUGCAGGCCAAAAAGUCUUGGCAAGUAUUAUCAUAAGGCUUGCACUAGCAGAAUGUUUUGGUAUAAAUUGUGGUAUUUUAGCACUAGAUGAACCAACAACUAACCUCGAUCGUGAAAAUAUACAAUCCUUAGCUAUGUCUUUAGCAAAUAUUAUCCGCCAACGACGCCAACAGGCUAAUUUUCAACUAAUUAUUAUUACACAUGAUGAAGAUUUUCUAAGAAUGAUGAGUUGCAAUGAUUAUUGUGAUUACUAUUACAGAAUUAGUCGAAAUGAACAACAAAAGAGUGUAAUUGAAAGACAAAGAAUAUCCGAAGUAAUAUAAUACCAAACAAAAAUUAAUAUUAAAAUAUAA